CCGAGCAGGGCUUAUGGUGAGAGGAGGCCUUGGCAGGGAGGGGAAGGGAAGGGGAGCGAGGCAGACGGCAGACAGGCUCAUCCACCCCAAACACUGCAACAGUAAAAGUCGAGAGUACAGAGAGUGCAAAGAAAGCAGGAGAAAUGGGACAGGGGCAGAAAGGUUCCUCAGACAAGAAGGAGGGCAAGAAGAAGAGAGAUGAAAGCCCAGCGCCAGAGGACGGCCAUAAGUGCAGAGUCUGUCGCUUCCCUCUGCUCGUCGCCUUGCUCCAGCUGCUUUUGGGGGUGGCCGUCACAGCUGUGGCCUUCCUUAUGUUGGCCAUCAGCCCCUCACUCCUGGCCAGGGAGACGCCACACUGGGCUGGGAUCAUUCUGUGUUUAGUUUCCAUCGUGGGCUUUAUCCUGUACUGUGUCACCUACCUCCCUGAUGAGAGAACGUCUAUGCAAUUCAUUGGCAAGCUCCUGUACUUUGUCCUGUGUACAAUCGGCCUGGUCAUUUCAGUGCUGGUCAUUGCAUUCGCUGGACACCACUACUCACAGGCCAGUAGCUUCAGCUGUGAGCAGGUGGGAGAGGACUGCGUGUGCACACUGGAUCUGAAUGACCCAAUAGCCCGCACCUUCACCUAUGAAGGAGUCAGCGACUGUGAGGUGAUCACCGGGACCCUCACACUCUACUUCCUGCUCCAGAUCGUGCUGAACCUGGCCCAAGCACUCGUCUGUGCCGUCGGUGCCUUCAUCAUGUGGAAGCACCGUUACCAGGUCUUUUUUGCUGGUCUUCAGAUUGGUUCUCCCUCCCCCAAGCAGUGGCUGAAGGUUUAAUGUGAUGAUGAUGAUGAUGAUGAUGAAAGAGUUGAUGGGAGGAUCCUUCAGAUGAGGACGGGAUGCCCGUGUGAUUACACUCUGGACUUGGGGGGCGGGCUAAGUGUGUUUUCUUUGAUGUCAGUUUUUAUUAACCUCAGACCACAAUGGCUUUUUGCAUACAUUUUGUAUACCUUAUAAGUAACUUUGUACUUUCAGUGUCCAAUGUUAUAAAAUAACUAAAUAGAUGAAGAGGAGCCAAAACAAGUGUCUAUUUCUCAAAAAAAAAAAAAACUAAACCAAUUCUUUCUUGUCCACAAUAACACAUUUUCAGUGUUUCUAAUUAUCUUGACAUUUGCUCUUGUGACAUACAGCUCACAUGCAGUUGCAGUACAAAUUAUAAGCACAAUGGUAAAACCAAAAUAGCUCAAUUAUUAUGCACUUAACUCCAAAAAUGUCCAUGGUCUUGCAAAAUGCCCUUUGGUUUGAGUUAUUUAAUAAUCUAAUGAUCAUAAUUAGGUGCUCCAGUGAUGCUUUAGGUGGAACACUGAAUCACUUUGUUGUCAAAUGGUUAGAAAAUGUUAAAUGACACUGCCUCUAGCUCCAGUAAACCUUAUAAAGGUCAAAUAUUGUUGAAAUGCAGUGGCAAAUAUUAGACAUUCUUUUUAAUUUUAAGUUAAUGAAAAGUUAAAGGUCCAGUUUGUUGCAUUUAGGAAGAUCUAUUUGCAGAAAUUGAAUAAAAUAUCCAUAGGUAUGUUUUCAUUAUAGGAAUCGUUAUGUUAGAUUGAGACAUUUUUUAUCUAUAGAUGCCGCAGGUCGGCUUCCAUGGAGGCCGCCAUGUUGAACCACAAUGUUUCUACAGUAGCCCACAACGGACAAACCAAACACUGGCUGCAGACAGGGCCUUUCACAGCCACCGUAGUUUCUUUUAUACACUUCACAGCCUGUUCUCAUUUCCAGGUAGUCAAAUACCAGUGGUAUUCAGUUAGUCGCAAUCUGAAACUUCACCUCUAGAUGCCACUAAAUCCUACACACUGGUCCUUUAACAAAUUCUUAAUCAGUUUAUUGCUUUUCAAUCAGAAAAUAACAUUUUAUUGGAGUUUUUAACUCUAUGUUUGUAGCUUCCUGCUGUAACUGAUUGUCACAUUGUUUUUGCUACACAAAAAAGGUGGAUUAAUUCCAUAAAUAACCUCUGUUUUGUUUCUUUAUAAACAUAUGCAGCUCUGUAAAUAUGGCACACAAUCCUUGAUGAAAAACAAAAUCAAAUUGCUUUUCAGCUCAUAGAAGUUACCCUGCAAUACUUUAAACAGUACAGUUAUGAGCACUAAAAACAAAUCCUGACAGCAGUAACACAAUCUGGGCAGAGUGCACUUCAUGAGACUGGAUCCAGACAAAACUGGGCUGUGGCUUGUGAAGGUGGAUGCCAGGCCAGUAGCCAGCAUGACUCAAACAGCCUGUAGGAGUCAAACUACAGCAGCCACAAAGGGAGGGGAAAGGGGCCGGGGCGAGGCAAGGGGGACUCAGACAGGCAGCUGGACUUCAUCUUCAUCUCACUCUGUUUACAACAUGUCACAACAGUUGUUGUCCUUCAGGCAGGACAGAGCAAAAUGCACCAAACAACCACAAAAUUUUAGGUUUGUGUUUUCCUUUGCCUUAGCCUGUGCAGGGGUGCAGCUUUAUUUUAUUCCUAUACUUUCAUCUCAGGUGCCGACAGGGAAUGGUAAACAUGAAGCAGUUUCCAUAGCAAAUUAGAUGAAGCAUGUGCCCAGAGGGAGAGUGUAAUUAGUGUGCAAUGUUACAUCUAUUUUGUCAAUGAUGGAAAUUUUCACAUAAGCCUUAAAUAUGUUGUUUGAGGAAAAAAAAGAUGCAAACAUGCAUUUGCUCUUCAAGACUGUUUGUGGUUACAAAUACAAAUCUUUGUUUCAGUUA